AUGCAUGAACAUUCAUCCAAUAGAAAAACAAGAAGUAGAAGUACACGAGGCGAGGAGGGAUGCCAUGUGCCAGCAAUGUGGUGCAUCAUACGAUGUGUACUUCAGGGCACAUCUUCUUGGGAACGCGAAACUGCCUUGACUUCGAAACUUGACCUCCCUCCAACUCACACAAUGUCGACACCACGGCCCAGACCCCCGCAAAUCCAUGUUGACGAGUCGCUCCCUGUUGCCGGCAUUCUCGCCGCCUGCGCCGCCUCACAGUCCCCAGAUCCCACCUGGCUGCGCUCCUAUCUCUCGCGCACCUUCACCUCGCUCUCGCUUGCUUCCGGCACGCGCACCGCCAUGAUCGAGCAAGCUCUGGAGAUCUCCAGCUCCGACAACCGCAUCUCCAAUGCGCUCCACUCCCUCGAUGGCUACCUCUCAGCCUCAUCUUUCGGACCCAGUACGGCUGUCCCGCUUGUCACAGCCCUUCUCUACGCAGACGUUUCUGCAUCAACCGCGUAUGACGCUCGCGCACGCGAGACUCUCGCGAGGUUCAUUAGCGCUUUGCACUUGUCGCCUACCAUACUCUAUCUUGCAGAGCGAGAUCUGGCAUUGUUGGUCGAUGCAUUGUCGAAGAAUGCAGAUAUUGAUGGAAAGAACGUCGAGGCCGUUGAUCAUGAUGAAGCUGAGAACAAGCGCCGGAAAAACGCAAAGUGGUUGAAGAUUGGUACUGCUUCAGUUAUAGGAGGGAUAGCGCUCGGUCUAUCGGGAGGCUUAAUAGCCCCGGCCCUGCUUCCUGCUUUGGGAAGCGUAGGUUUGGCUGGCGUAUCCGCUCCUCUGGCAGCCUUGGGGGGCGGUGGCGCUGUGGCUGUUGGUGGUCUUUUUGGCGCAGCAGGUGCUGGUGUUGGGGCGGCUGCAAUGGCUAGUAGAACGGGUGAAGUAGAAGAGUUUGUUUUUGAACCGUUCUCAAUGCUUCAGGGAAGCAAAAGAUCUACAUAUGACACCGCCAUAGUAUCUAUGUCGAGGAGAAUCCAUGAAGUUGUCGUCCCGCUCAAGGAAGAAGAUGAGCUUGCGGGGCGAGGGGGUCUACUUGUAUGGGAACUACUCACAUCUCAAGAAUAUGCGAUGAUCGUUCCGGGGGCAAUGGCAUUUGGUGUGCAGUUUAGGGCCUUUCCUGACAAGAAAGCAGGAAAAGGCGCCGAAUGGCUGCUUCCAGAGGAAAAGAUGGAUGCUGGAGGGCUGAAUAAACGCGGCGACGGACGAAAACGGAGGACGACUGGCGCUGUUACCGUGCUUGGAAGUGGCGAAUACAUCCUGCGGUUUCGUUUGUUACCAGGGUCUUUGCCUGUGAGAAUCUCCUACCGCGUUGCGAUUGUGCCUCCGGGCAAAGACCCACCAAUAUGGGUGAUGGAAGAGAACGAGUAUCAACCGGCAGACCUUCUUACAGGCGACGUGCGGUCGCUUUCCAUGGCUAUUUUUGUACCGGGUCUAAUCGCUGCAGAGGAUGUCGGGUCAUACCCGGGAAUGUUUGCUGAUCAGUUCUCGUCUGUCGAAGGAGCUCUUCAGCAGUUCAAUGUUCAAGCAUUCGCGGUACGCUGGGAAUCCAGUUUGUUAAUGGAACUGAGCGAAGCCUUGCGAAGUCUCAUCGGAAAGAUGGCGGUGUCAGCUGCAGCGCAAAAGGGGGCAAUGAUGGUUGCUCCAGCGUUGAUUGGGGCGGUUGCGCUACCGAUUUCAGUAAUUGGAGCCCUCCGAACCAUCAUUGGAAACACUUGGGCAAGGACAAUAUCACGAGCAGCAGAGUGCGGAUAUAUGCUUGCGGCGGAACUCGCGUCUCGAUCGUUUGGUAACCGACCUGUCAUCCUUGCAGGGUACUCUGCGGGUGCGCUGGUCAUAUUCUGUUGUCUUGAGGAACUUGCACGAAGAAAUCUGGUUGGCAUAGUGCAUGAUGUAUGCCUGAUUGGAGCGCCCUGUUCCGCGUCCCUGGUAAAGUGGAGGGAGAUAAGAACUGCAGUUGCAGGGAGACUCGUGAAUGUCUACAACCCGAGUGAUUGGUAUCUCGAAUUAUACCAUCGCGGCACAAAUCUGGGUGCAAACAGGAGUUUCAAAGAGACGAAGUGGCUAUGCCUGUCAUGGAUAAACAGGAUUGGUCUGAGACAGAGUUCAAAAUUUUUGACGAGAGCACAGAAGAUGAUGUCGUUGUGUUUGAGGCGAUCAGUCAUUCAAAGCGAAGACCCCAUGCCAAGACAGAAAGACCCACAAUAUCGGCAUAGCAAGAAACAUGGGGUGGGCCUGUAUCAUACUGCAUAUUUCGUCGCAUUUCUGACGCUCGAACGGAUGACUGCAAUCCUUGCAGCCUUCCAUUCACAAAAAUUUAGAAAUCCUCAUGAGGGGUCAUGCGAAUCAAACAAGAGAACAUUCGAACAUUGUUCUUUAUACCCAUCUCAAUGCAUAAAUAGUAGUGCGAAAUUAUGUUUUGAAACUACUGGAAUCAGUUGUUGA